AUGGGUUUUGUAGACGAGGAUCGCGUCCGUCUAAUUGCGAUCUGGGCACCCGCUGCAUUCGUCGCAUACGUAGUCUUGACGGCAAUCUACAACCUCACACUUCAUCCUCUUGCCAGAUAUCCUGGCCCGCUGUUAUGGCGCAUCUCGCCCAUUCCCUCGAUAAUCUCACUGUUACGCGGCCGCAUCGCCUUUGACUACAAGGUCCACCACGACAAAUACGGGCCCGUAGUGCGCGUCAUGCCCAAUGAGCUCUCCUUCAACACAGCAAAAGCAUGGGACGAUAUCUACGGACAUCGGGUCGGGCUUGCGAACAUGGACAAAGAUCCUAUCCACGUCGGUGCUGUAGAAGCGAUUCCAGGCGCGACAAAUUUGACCAUGGCUCCUGAUAUCCACCAUGCAAGGCAGAGGAGAGCGCUAGCUCAUGCGUUCAGCAAGCAAGCUUUGCUUGAACAGCAGUACAUCUUGAAGGGAUAUGUGAACCUAUUUGUGGACAGGCUGAGGGAAAAGGCGCACAAGGGUGAAGCGGCGAACAUGGUUUCAUGGUUCAACUUCUGCACCUUCGACAUCAUUGGCGAUCUCAGUUUUGGCGAGCCAUUUGGAUGUCUACGCGAAGGCGAAGGCUCUGAAUCUGCGAAUUGGGUCGUUCUCAUCUAUGAAGCCAUCAAAUCCGGCGCAAUCGAACAAGCAACUCGCCGCUUUGCUAAACCCGGGUCGCUCGCGCAGAAAUUCCUCAUGUGGUGCAUACCCACUAUUGUCCGUGAACGCCGUUUCCGCCAUUUGAGAAACUCGACCGAGAAGACAGUCAAGAGACUGAACCAGAAAGACAACGAUCACCGCGACUUCAUCUGGUACAUUCUGAAACAACGAGAGAAGAAGAACGAGGUCAGCGACGACGAGGUGAUCAUGAACGCAGCUUUGUUCAUCGUGGCGGGCAGUGAAACUACUGCAACAGAGCUCUGUGGACUGACGAACUAUCUUCUGAGAAACCCGGUCAUCUUCAAGAAGUUGAAAGACGAGUUGAGAAGCGCGGUCAAGACUGAAGAGGACAUCAACAUGGACGUCUUGGGCAGCCUACCAUACAUGAACGCUUGCAUCGAGGAGGGCCUUCGCAUCUUCCCUCCAGUACCCGUUGGUCUCUUGCGCACAGUACCCAAAGGCGGUUCACUAAUCGACCGCCACCCCGUACCCGAGAACACCUCAGUCUGCGUCAGUUCCUGGGGCGCAUCACACUCAGCUGCCAACUUUGCGCAACCGGACACUUUCAUCCCCGAACGCUUCCUCGAUACACCAGAGUCUAAAGCACAAUUUGCUGGCGACGCCAAGAAAGCGGCGCAACCGUUCUCGACUGGACCAAGAGGGUGCAUUGGCAGGAAUCUGACGUAUGUCGAGUUGAGGCUGAUUCUGGGUGCGUUUUUGUGGAACUUUGAUGUUGAGUUUGCGGAUGGGGCGCCGCUUUGGGAUCCGAAGGAUGAGUUCAAGGGGCUGAAGGCGUAUAAUACUUGGGAGAAGAGUCCGUUGAUGGUUAAGUUGACGGAUGUGAGGAAGACGCCUGCCUAG